AUGCUAAAAUACCAAGGAAUCUAUUGGAAUAGCCUGAUUGGCCUGGCUUUUGCUGCUGCAGCAGGGAUCACAUUAUUAGUGCUAGGAUGUGCUCUUCCACAAUACAACAACUGGUGGCCGAUGUUUGUACUGUUUUUCUACGUCCUGUCACCCGUGCCGACAAUCAUAUCCAGACGACUUGCUGACAGUCUAGAGUCAAGUAAUGCAUUGACAGAAGCCAUGAUAUUUACAACUGCUGCAAUAGUGGUAUCAGCAUAUGGUCUUCCUGUGGUCUUAGCACACACUCCUGUCGGGUCACCUAUAAUAAGUUUAGGUGCUAUGGCCCUUGUCAUGGCAGGAAACACAGUUUCAUUUGGGACUAUUUUAGCCUAUUUCAUAGUGUUCAAUGAGGAUUCCAUGGACUAUAGUAGUUGGUGAAGCAACAACAACAACGAAAUCCAGAGAAAACUAGGACUCAAUUGUUUAUUAAUGUAUAUUUUGACAGAAUAUAUUACAUACAUGUACAUAUUGCAUAAACGAUAGCUACACAUUUAAGUUUUAGUUACUUUCUGCUGUAAAUAGUGUUGUAUAGUACCUUUAGAAUUGUGCAAAAUGUUUGAUUUGUUAAAUAUACUGUAUACAUAUUCUAGUGAAAUAUACAGUAUAAUUAAAUAUUGUUUUAAUUUCCUUGGCAAUGUCAACUGAGUUAAGAUUUUGGAGGACACCUAUAAUUUAAUGCAUGCCAUUGCUUACUGUAUCACUUAUUUGUGUAUUAACUUAUUUCUUUUCUUUGUGUUCAAUGUUUUCAAACAACUUUUUCUUGUAUGCUUUGCUUUCUAGAUAGAUCUCGACAUGCUUCCUUUA